AUGAAUGCUGCUGGUCCUGGAGAUUGCAUACUAGCAAUCAACGUGUGCCGAAAUUCGGGUUGUUUUUCAGCUGAGAGGGCUUUGUUAGAUAGUUGUUUGGAAGAGUAUAGAGGUUUGUGUAAGGAUAAACAGGUUGCUCUCAGUGGCCAAGUCUUGAAAGGAAAUUCAAUUAAAAAAGUUUUGGUGAGAGAGGCCAAAAACUGUAGUGCAUCACUUGUUAUUGUGGGGAUAACUAAGCUCAGUGCCUUUGGAGGAUGGACUUCAGUUGCUAAAUAUUGCUCAAAAAAGCUGCCUAAAACUACUGAAGUCAUUUCAAUUUAUGAUGGGAAGGUUUUCUUCAGCAGAUUAUCCAAUCUGCAACUACUUCAAGAGCCCGUCUCGAGUUUAACCGAAAAAGUCAACUUCACUAACGCUCGCUCGAAAUUUGGCGAAUCCAAAAUGUCGAGUUUCGAUGAGAAAGCCCGAUUCGGAGUGAGCGAUCCCAAGCCCGGCUGGCCUUUGCUUCAGACAGCCGGCUCGAAAGCUCGACCACCUUGA